AUGGGCUUUGAUGUCACAUUAGAUGUUCUAAGUGCAUCAUUUAAAGUUCACAAAGUCAUCUUGGCGGCCUGUAGUGAUUACUUUCGUGCCAUGUUCACGUUGGACAUGAGGGAGGCGUCUCAGUCCAGCAUUUAUCUGCAGUUUCUCUCGGCUCCACAACUCGAAGCUCUUCUCCACUGCUCCUACACAGGCUCCGUCUCCCUCAGCUGGAACUGCAUCUUUGAAUUCACCAUCACCGCUCUGAAACUGCAAUACCAACCCUCUCUCGACCUCUGCCUCGGGUUUCUUCAGCGAGAAAUCAACCCGAAUUCUUGUCUUGAUGUUGCAUCUUUUGCAGAAGCUUUCGGCAUUGUCAAACUCUUGGACUACGCUGAAGAUUACAUGCUACGACAGUUUCAGCAGACCGCCAGGUACAGCCACGAGGUUGCAGUGCUCCAUGGAAAACUCUAUAUCCUCGGGGGAAAGAAGUACUACGGCACCGCAGACACUAUUAACUCACUUUUCAGAUACGACCCUCUUGAAGACAGCUGGGAGGAGCUGUGUUCCAUGUCGCAGGCCAGAUGCUCGUUCUCGCUUGUGGUACUCGAGUUUAAGUUGUUCGCCAUCGGAGGACAGUGUCAUCCAGACUACCUGGAGACUGUGGAACAAUACUGCGCCGCUGUGAACUCAUGGAGCAGCAGCAGCAGCGGCUCCUCCCCCCGUCGUAAUCUGAUUGUUGACCCCAGGACCCCAAAAUGCUGCAGCAGAGCUUGA